AUGACUCGAGCUGACUGGGCCGGCGACUGGGCGACUGGGCGAGUGGCGGCGGCUCCAGCUAGGGUUGGCUGGCUCCUGCCCAACGGCCGACGGAGGCGCCGCAGCGCCGAGAUCCCAGCGGGCGGAGGCAGCAGGCAGCAGCGGCUGUGCAUCACAGGCGCAGGCCAGCAGCCAGCAGGGGCGCAGCGUGCAGGGCGCAGCGCGCAGCCAGCAGGGGCGCAGCGCGCAGGGCUGGCCAGCAGCCAGCAGCCAGCAGGGGCGCGGCGCGCGGCGCUAGGACUGCUUUUAUUCCUCCAUUUUGCCUUCGCUGAAAUUUGGGGCACUGGGCGGCAGCAGGCACUGGGCGGCAGCACCGCAGCACCAACAGGGCAGCAGCCAGCAGGAAAUCGCAUACCAAUUGAAGAAUAUCCACCAGAAAUUAGAGACCAAGUUAGAAGGGCAUAUGCUUUGAGAUGUCCGACCCAACCUCAUAAUCUUACCUUUGCUCGUAAAUGGCAAAAUGGUCAAUGGAGAUCAUUUCAGCAAACUUGGUUUGAUGAGUUUGAUUGGCUAGAGUAUAGUGAGUCGAAGGAUGCAGCUUAUUGCUUAUAUUGUUAUCUUUUCUUUGAUCCGGGGAAGCCUGAAAAAUUUGGUAGUUCUGUCUUUGCAAAGGAUGGUUAUACUAACCGAAAAAAAGCUAAGGACAAUUUUAAUCAGCACGGUACUUGCAAGACUCACAAUAAUGCUAGGCUAAAGUGUGAUGACUUUAUGAACCAAAGAACAAAUGUGGCUAGAAGAAUUGAUGUAAUUAGCAAGGAGGAAGAGAAAAGAUAUGAGAUUCGCUUGAACUCUUCUUUAGAUGUAGCAAGAUUUCUCAUAAUGCAAGGUGAUGCUUUUCGUGGACACGAUGAGUCCUCUACUUCCAACAAUAAGGGUACAUAUAGAGAGAUGGUUGAUUGGUACAAAGAUAAAGUUGAGAUUGUUAAGGAUGCAACGAUAAAGAUGGCUAUAAUUUUGAGGUUUGUGAAUGAUGAAGGGAAGGUGAUGGAGAGGCUCCUUGGACUUCAGCAUGUUGAGAGUUGUACAGCUGCUUCAUUGAAAGAAGCUCUGGUCAAAAUGCUUAACAGUCAUAAGCUACCAAUCUCUAGCCUUCGUGGGCAAGGUUAUGAUGGAGCUUCCAAUAUGAGAGGUGAAUUUAAUGGUGUGCAAAAAUUGAUUCGAGAUGAAAAUCCUUAUGCAUUCUAUGUGCAUUGUUUUGCCCAUCAAUUGCAAUUAGUGGUUGUUAUUGUUGCAACUUCUACUCCAGCCAUUGCAGAUUUCUUUAACUAUGUUCCUCUAAUAGUCAACACUGUCGGCGCAUCAUGUAUGAGAAAGGAUGCCUUGCUUGCAAAGCAUCAUGAUGUGUUGUUAGAAAAGUUAGAGAGUGGGGAGAUUAUCACUGGAAAAGGUUUGAACCAGGAAUGUAGCCUAGCAAGGCCUGGAGAUACUAGAUGGGGUUCACAUCUUAAAACUUUACUUCGUAUUUUGGUGAUGUGGGAAGCUGUCAUAGACAUUCUUGAGAUAGUAAAGAAAGACUCUGUUAAACCAGGAAAUAAUGGUGGAGCAUUUGGUUUAAUUGGUAAAAUGGAGAGGUUUGAUUUUGUGUUCAUAAUGCAUUUAAUGAUAAAAUUGUUGAGCAUCACAGACAGUCUGUCACAUGCUUUGCAAAGGAAGGAUCAAAACAUUGUUGAGGCAAUGCAAUUGAUCAUAGAUGUCAAAGAGCAGUUGCAGGAUAUGAGGGACAAUGGAUGGGAUCCCUUAUUCAAAAGAGUGAAAACAUUCUGUGAUAAGAAUGAGAUUGAAGUGCCAGAUAUGGACAAGGAAAUAAAUGCUAGAGGGACAUCUACACGUAGAAAGCAAAAAGUAACAAACAUGCACUUCUACCAUGUUGAGAUUUUCCUUGCUGCCAUAGAUGCCAUUUUGUCUGAGAUGAAUCAUCGAUUUGGUGAAGUUAGUUCAGAGUUAUUAGUAUGCAUGGCUUGUCUUAACCCAAGGAACUCCUUCUCUAAUUUUGAUGUGGAUAAGCUUGUGAGACUUGCUGAAAUUUAUGCUGUGGAUUUUGACGUCGGUGACCUUCUUCUUUUGCCUGGUCAACUGCGAGGAUUUGUCAGUCAUGCUAGAAGAACUCAAGACUUUCUUGGAUGUACAGAGCUUGGAAAGGUUGCUGAAAUUAUGGUCAAGACUAAAAUGAACACAUCUUAUGGAUUGGUGUAUCGGCUCAUUGAAUUAACAUUAACUCUUCCGGUGGCAACAGCUUCAGUUGAGAGGAUAUUUUCUGCUAUGUCUAUUGUAAAGACAGAUUUGCGUAACAAAAUGGGUGAUGAAUGGCUCAAUGACUUAAUGAUAUGUUACACUGAGAAGAAGAUAUUUAGAAGCAUCAAGAAUGACAAAAUCAUAAAACGAUUUGAAGACAUGAAAACCCGGCGUAUGUUAGUGCCUCGGAACAAUUUAGUGGUAUGA